ACCAAUCACUUCACUGGGAGCGCGCAGCACAACAGCCUACCCUACUUUGUUGGCUGAGAAGUCGAGAAGAGUAGCAUGCAAAUCUUCCUGUCUCCUAUAUAUUUUUUCUUUAAUGAAUCGUGAGUUGUAUAAUGUCUGAGAAUGUCAAUUUCUGGAACUCUUAGCAACUACUAUGUCGAUUCUUUAAUAAGUCAUGAAAACGAAGACCCGACUUCAGCCAAGUUCUAUAAUGCACAAUAUCAGAGUUCCAGGCAGCCAGGAGGACAGGGUGAUCAUCCCGAAUUUCCGUCCUGCAGCUUCCAACCAAAACCUCCGGUUUUCAGCGCUCCCUGGAGUCCUUUCAAUUCUUACCCGUCCAACAGUUUACCAUCGGUUUACCAUUCUUAUGUCCCAGCUCACCCUGUUCCUUCACCGGAUGCUAGGUACCUUAGCACUUGGCUGGAUCCUGCCUCGAGACCGGAAUCCAUAACUGGACAGGGGCAGGUGAAGCUAGAGCCGCUGCUUGGACAUCUCGGAGAGCCGCCUAAAAUUGGAGGAUCCGAGUAUACCGUGGAGUCGUCUUCUGCUAGAGAGGUUAAUUCCAAUCGUGUCUCUGGUUUCGAGGACAAUAAGGAUAUUUGCGAAAGCAGCGAAGACAAAGAGGGGCCAGAUCAAAACGACCCAUCGUCCAACUGGUUGCAUGCCCGUUCCUCUCGGAAGAAACGUUGUCCAUAUACCAAAUUCCAAACCCUGGAACUGGAAAAGGAAUUCCUCUUUAACAUGUACCUCACACGGGACAGGAGACAUGAGGUUGCACGUCAAUUGAACUUGACAGAGCGACAAGUUAAAAUAUGGUUCCAGAAUCGACGGAUGAAAAUGAAGAAAAUGAAUAAGGACCAACUCAAGGAUUAGAAAGCUCACAAGAAAACAUCAGCAAUCCUUCCAGUUGUGUGACUGUUUCUUUGUGUCAGGUUUGCCUCAAAUAGUUGUUUUGAUACGACUUUGAAUAAUAUUUUGUUUAAAUAAAACAUUCCUUUGUUUAAAGAUAAUCUCUUAUGCCAAGCUUUGUCGUCAAUUAUCGAUUAUUAUUAGUAAUAAUAAUAAUAACAACAACAACAACAACGGUAAUAAUGCUGUCAUUAUUAAACAAAAUCAUCGAUAUGUAAUUCGGUUUGUUCAUAUGUUCUAAAAGUUUGAUAUGUUCAUGACAGGGAUAUGAACAAAUUAUUGUUUUGUUAUUGUGGUUACUAACGAUAUUGGUAUUCUUGUUACUUCUCAUGCUGUGGCUUUCAGUCUAAUUGUAGCUCUAGCUAUUAUUAUUAUUAUUAUUAUUAUUACUGCUGUUAUUACUAUUAUUAUUGUUGUUGUUAAUGAUAAUGAUGAUGAUGAUGUAUUAUUUUUGUUUAAACUUUCUUUGUAACCUAAUGGGAGGUUUUUCUUUGUAUUUUUUCAGUGUUGUAUUAAAUCUAAGGGCUGGUGAUGUCUCAUUAGUUAGUCAAAGUUAUUAAUGCUGAGUGUAUUAUUGUUGUCAUUCAAAUUAUUUAUAUUGUUCAAGAUAUCUUGUGUGUCAUGUGACCCCUUUGAUUCUAGAAUAAAAAUAA